GCAAUUUUUAACCACAAAAAAAAAAAAAUGGAGUGAAAAAAAGGGUGGAACUUGGAAGCCCAACCUUGUUUAUUUAGAGAAUAGGAAUCUGAAUUCCAACCAUCUCAUCAUCGUCAUCGUCAAUUCCAACACGUCUGUCACUUGUACAAGUAUCUAAACUAACUUUUUAGCCCCGCUUUGUUUUACCAAAGUGUGUGUCUAAAUUGUUAGUUAAAUUGCCUCGCGUUUCCUCUCCCGGUCGCUCCGCAUUGUCCUUUCAUUUUUUCCGUCACCCAAUUCCAGAAUAAUUCUUGUAUUUUUUGUGAAAAAUAAUGUCGAAUUCCAAUGGGAAUGUUAACGGGGUGGUGAUGGAUGAUGGGGCAGCGGAAUUGGACUUUUCUGGUGUCAAGAAGCGCGAGAAGCUCAUCAUUGAUACCGAUCCUGGUAUUGAUGAUAGUAUGGCCAUAUUGAUGGCCUACCAGUCCCCGGAGUUGGAGAUUUUAGGAUUAACAACAAUAUUUGGUAAUGUAACUACAGAAAAUGCUACACGCAAUGCCUUGCUUCUGAGUGAGAUAGCAGGAUGUCCGGGUAUUCCAGUAGCAGAGGGUAGUCCUGGACCUCUCAAGGGUGGCAUACCACGUGUUGCAGACUUUGUUCAUGGAAAAGAUGGGCUGGGGAACAUUUUUAUUCCUCCUCCAGAAACUAAGAAAAUUGAGAAAUUGGCAUCUGCUUUCUUAGUAGAUAAAGUUUCUGAAUAUCCUGGUGAAGUAACAAUACUUGCAUUGGGACCUUUAACGAACUUAGCAUUGGCUGUCAAGAGGGACUCAACAUUUGCAAGCAAGGUGAAAAGAAUCGUAGUUCUUGGUGGAUCUUUCUUUGCUUUAGGGAACGUCAAUCCUGCUGCUGAAGCAAAUAUUUAUGGUGAUCCUGAAGCAGCAGAUGUAGUAUUCACCUCCGGGGCCAAUAUUGAUGUUAUUGGCCUAAACAUUACGACACAAGUCAAAAUGACAGAUGCCGACCUUGAUGAAUUGAAACAGUCCAAUGGUAAACAUGCUCAAUUCUUGAGCAACAUCUGCAAAUUUUACAGAGACUGGCAUGUCAAAUCUGACGGUGUCUAUGGUAAUUUGGCUCUUCAACGAAUGUUGCGUUUCUCGUUCAAUGGCUGAAAAUUAAUGCAUAGACAUUUCUCUGCACAGGAAUUUUCUUCAUGACCCCAUCAGCUUUGUAGCAGUAGUGCAGCGUGAUCUUUUCACAUUUAAGAAGGGAGUUGUGAGGGUUGAGACACAGGGUAUCUGCGUGGGGCAUACAUUGAUGGACCAAGGACUUAAAGCGUAAGCAUUAUGUUCAAUUUGCUAUUUACCUUCCCCCGCCCCCCGCCCCCCUUAAAUCAUGUCUAUUUUAACAAUGUAUCAAAAAACUAUCUUCUGAUCAGGUGGAAUUCAAGCAACCCAUGGACAGGCUACUCUCCUAUCUCAGUUGCAUGGUCUGUGAAUGUGGAUGAAGUACUUAGUUACAUCAAGAAAAAACUGAUGCAGUCCUGAUUUUAGAAGUUGGUACUUUUUUUGCUUUAACAUGUUGAAAAGUACCAAGGAUUUGAACACCAGAUCUUAGGGUUAUAGGUGUUCUUGGUCCAUUCAUCUCCUCUGAUUCUCUCUGUAAUUAUUCCUGAACAUUGUUUUUGAAGCUGGGAACGGGGCAAAGGGGUCCUUUUCUUGCUUGCAGAUGCUCUGUAACUUUUUACACCAUAGGGUCAAAGAUAAGAUAACAGGUUUGCGCUUUGCACUGUUAAAACUUUAAGAGAGUUUUAUUUCCAUUCUGCAGUUGACUUACUUUUAAUAGUCGGGGCCUGAAAUUGACCGUAGACGCCGGGGUGAAAAAAGUCCACAAACAUAAACACAAUUUCCUGGAUUCCCAUGACUUUAAAAAAAUUGGAGACGACUAUUCUUUUUACCAAUCUGGUCUUAUCGAUGAGGCGGGAGUAUUAAACUGUGUCUUAUACAUAAGUGUUGUAUAAGUGUCGUUGGCAGUUAAAAGUGGGGAAAGAUUUGAAAGUCUAAUUGGGAUGUCCUCGAAUAGCUUUACCUGUUGUUAAUCAACUAGUUGAAGAUCUCUGGCUCAUUUCACUUCAGCAUGAUCAUAUGAUCUCAUCACCGAUUUUGUCUCAGGACCCGAGAUAUUAGUACUCGUGUCUCAUCACCGAUUUAGUUUGAAUUUUCAUGUUUAGUGUUCCAUGUGUUUCAAAAUUAUUGUUCAGUUUGGGUG